AUGGUAUCAUUAAAAACAACUAUUGGAUUAGUUGGUAUAGGAGGAUGUUUAUUGUUUGCAUGUUUAAUGUCAUAUGAGUUUAUCGAAUUGUUGACAAAUAUACUUUAUACUGUCAUACUAUCGAUUAUCAUUGCAUUCUUUUAUCAAAACAGAGAACAAGCAUUAUCUAUUAUCUACUUUUUAUUAAAUAUAGAAUAUCAUGAUAAUAAAUCUUCAUCUUCCUCUUCUUCAUCGAAAUUAUCUCAAUUUAAUAAUGCUGAAUCAUCAUCGUCACCAACAACCAUAAAAGCUACAACCACUAAUAAUGGACAAAAAUCAGAUAAAGAGAUAAUGGUACAAUUGUACGAUCAAAUUAGAGAAUUGAAUCUUUCAUUCUUUAAUGAGAAAUUAUCACAUGACCGUGACAAGAUUAAUCUAUCAAACAAGAUCAAAGUGUUGGAACAAAACAUUACGGACACUAGUGCCGAACGAAACAAGUUGCGUGACGACCUACAACAAUCGAAAAAGAGAGUGACAGAGUUGACCAAGGAAAAAGACUCUGUAAGCAACAACGAACAAAAGCUAUUACUCAAACUAUCAGACUAUGAGAAACGGGACCGUGUCAACCAAGAGAAUGAAAAGGUACUCCAAAAAAAGAUAAGCGAACUCAAAGACAACAGCAACUCUCUACGAAAGGAUAGUGACGAAAAGUCAAAGAGAAUCGUAAAGUUGGAAGAUCAACUUGCCAAGUUUACACGUCCUCUACCUGUUACUCCUGUCACCUCAAACAUUGGAAUUAAUGGAAAUACAGCUUCUACUGCAGCUAUAUCAUCAUCACCUUCUUCAAAUAUACCAAUCACUCAACAAACAGCUACAACUACACAACAUCUUCACAUUCCAGUUCUACAAGGAACUACCUCAUCUUCUUCACCAAUUCCAUCACCAGGUACAUCACCUUCUUCAUAUCAAUUCAUUCAUCCAUCAUCGUCUGAUGAUGAAGGAACCGGUAGCAGUUACAGCAACUAUAGUGGUAACAGUAGCGAUUCACCAAAACCAUUCAAAAGUCUAAUGAAAAAGGUCAAGAAUGGUUCAUCUAAAAUCAUCAACAAAGCACAAAACCAACUCAACAAACAUCUCAAUACCGACUUUUUCACACCUCCUCCAAACGGUACAGGUCAUCCCGCCAACAUGCCACCAUCUCUUCAAACCAUCUUUACAAAUAGUCCACAAAAACAACAAAUCGAUGUUCAAAAGGUUGUCAUCACCUCUAGUGACAAUAGUUCUCAUGAAGAGGCUACAUCAUUGUCGAUAAUGAUUGAACAAGCAAAUAGUAAAAAGAUUGAUACCAGUUCAUUACCAGAUAUAUUUACAUUUGAGGAUGAACCCAAUGGUGGUUUGAAUCUAAAACACGAUUUAGAUUCUUCACUCUCUGAUCUAUUACAAUUGGAUAGUAAUGAUCUUAAAAUAACCUUAACAUCAUUUGUUGACCGAUCACAAGAUACUGUUAAAUUAUCAACAACAUUACAACAAACAUGUAUAAAAGAAUUUAGUGUAAAAGAAUCAGAAAAUAAGGCAGGAUUAAGAAGAGCAAAAAAGAAACCAUUGUCAGGCAUGCCAGGACAAAAUAUGAUGGAGGAUGUAUCAUUUGCAUCUCAUCCAUUCAACGAUAAUCCAGAGAUGGCAUUAUUUGGAGUAUUUGAUGGACAUGCAGGUAGAGAGGCAGCCGACCAAGCUUGUACACUCUUACCACUACAAGUAACCAAGUAUAUAGAACAACAAAAAAUAGAAAACCCACAAUACGACCCAGAGAGCUCAACCGAUAUGAGCGAUAUGUUAAACGCUGCAUUUGCUUCUGUUGAUGAUUUAAUGAAACAAGACGAAGACAUGCAAUACGUAGGAUGUACGGCAACAGUUGCUUUUAUUUGGUCACCAACAAACUCGUCGUCUAAUGGUGAGGAAUGUAAAUAUUUACAAGUGGCCAAUGUCGGAGAUUCAUCUGCCUAUCUCUGUAGAAAUGGAAAGGCAGUGGCAAUGACAUUUGACCACAAGGCAAACGAUCCAUUAGAGAAAAAGAGAAUGAUUGAUAGUGGUAUUCCAGUAUCUGACAAUCAAACUAGAAUCAAUGGAAUUGCAGUCAGUCGAUCACUAGGCAAUCAUUUUAUCAAAGAUCAAAAUAUUGGAAUGAUUGGUAUUCCUCAUCUAUCACAACCAAUUAAAUUAUUACCAACUGAUUCAUUUUUAAUUAUUGCUUCUGAUGGUCUAUGGGAUGUUAUUAGUGGUGAACAAGCAUGUGAAAUUGGUCAAGAUUUAAUCGAGAGUAGAGGUGCACAAUCAGUAGCUUCAACUUUAUUACAAAAUGCUUUGCAAAUAUAUAAAUCAUCCUUACAAAUAGAAAUGAGGAUGAUGAUGACGAUAAUGAAAAUCAUCAUAUUUGUAGUGACAAUUUACAUCUUAACAGUCGAUGCAAAUUCACUUAGAGUUCCAUCAAAGUAUGAUGACAUGAAUCAUUUACUAGACAUUGAUCAACAAUCAAAAGAAAUACUUCAAGGAUCAUCUGCCUCUGGUGAAGGUUUAGAGGGAAUCGAUAUCUUUUUGUCCAAACAACAACAGUUGGAUAAUAUUCGUGCCAAAUGGACACCCUCCCAUUUACAAAAUACCGACAACGAUUUGGUCGGUUCCACAUCCUAUCAACCGUGGCCAGGAGAAUCGUGUAACGCUACUUCAUUUGUAUUCAACAAUACUGCCAGUCAAUGUGGUUUGCAAGAUUGUCAUAGUGCUUGGGAUCAAGGUACAUGUAUAGCCAAUGGGAACUCAUAUGUAUGUGCUUGUAAUCCACUCUACUAUGGUCCAAACUGUGAAUUCAAUUUAAAUCCAGAUCAUAAUUGGGAUUUAAUGGAUUGUCACGGUGGUAGAUUCUGUCCUCCUGUCUAUGGUGUUCCUGGUCUCUACAGACAAUGUUAUUGUCCACCAGGUACUGGUGGUAUUGAAUGUAGUGUCUGCACCAAUGAUAGUUAUUGUAAAGCUUCCAAUAGUUCAACUAUAUGUGACCAAUCUAUCUAUAUUGAUCAUCAUAAAGCUUAUAGUUGUUAUGUUACAAGUCCAGAAGUAAAUGGAGAUUUACAAAACUCUACAGCCUCUACUUCACUUGAUUGUGAUUUCCCAACUGCUGAUUACACUAGUGGAGAGGGAGUAUGUAGUAUGAACCUUUACUAUAGAUUGACUGGAGAUCCUUUGUAUUUUAAUUGUACUUUUACAAACUGCACAAGAGAGAUUUUACCCGGACAGGGACAAGAGAUUUAUUGUUCAACAAGUAUGUGCAACUGUACUACCUAUUGUGGUGCCAUUCUAAAUGGUCUUGUUUCUGCUGUCACUGGUUACGCCAAAUUUAGUUGUGACACUACCUUGGCAUGCGUAUUUUCACAAGAGGUUUUCCUUGCCAUGCUUCCAGCCAUCCCACUUCAAUGCAUUGCUGGUGAAUGUGACUAUAGUCCACCAAUCAUCUACCCAGUACCCGUGCUUUAUACCAAAUUCAUUCUUAUGUGCCUGGGUGCUGGUGGUGGUGUAGUCGGUUUUGCUAUACUGCUCGGUUUGAUAUCUUGGGUGUAUGUAAAACAAGAGGAAAGAAAAAAACCGGCAGAGGAUGUGCACAUUAGUUGUGAACUUCGUUUCGAUGACGUAUCUUGUAUUGUCAAUGAAAGAAAAGUAUUUAGUCUGUUUAGUGGUGGCGGUGGAGCGACAGGUAACAAGGUCAUUCUCAAUAAUGUCUCUGGUAUUUGUUAUCCAGGUCAACUGACUGCACUAAUGGGUCUUUCUGGGUCUGGUAAGACAAGUCUUUUGGAUAUCCUGUCUGGAAGAAAGAACGUCGGUGACAUUACCGGUGAAGUCCUCAUCAAUGGUUAUCCUCGUCUCAAGAACUUUAAGAGAAUUUCUGGUUAUGUUACUCAAGAGGAUAUCAUGAUUGGUACUCUAACCUGUCGUGAACACCUCAACUAUACUGCUAUGUUAAAGCUUCCAGAGGGUAUGCCAAAGGCUCAAAAGAUGGCUCGUGUCAAUAGCGUUUUAACCGAACUCAAUCUCAUGCACAUCUGCGAGAAUCGUAUUGGUACACCUGAAAAGAGAGGUAUCUCUGGUGGUGAAAGAAGAAGACUCUCUAUUGCUGCUGAAUUAUUGGUUGAUCCAAGUAUUCUUUUCUUGGAUGAACCAACAUCAGGAUUAGAUUCUCAUAGUGCGUCUGAACUAAUUUACAGCCUUAAACAACUAGCCAAGAAUAGAAAUAGAACCAUUAUCUUUUCUAUUCAUCAACCAUCCGCCGAAAUAUUUGAACAAUUUGAUAACCUCAUCCUACUCCACAAAGGUAAUCCAUACUAUUCUGGCAAGGCAUCGGAAGCCGUUCCAUUCUUCCAGGAACAAAGAAGCAAGGACGAUGAACAUCAAAGAUUCUUGAUGCGUGUCAAUCCAGCUGAUUUUAUCAUCUCUGCCUUGAACGACAAUGUUGUCAAACCAUGUUUCCAACUCAACUAUCCAAACAAACCAGAUAUUAGAGUCGAUCAACCAAAGGAGGAAUCAUACAAUGGUUUGAAUGCCAAUGGCGACAUCAACAAUGAUGAAGCCAUUCAAAGUGAUUUAGAAGGUGAAUCUCAUCUUUUAAAUCAUGUAGGAGAGCCACCUCGUCGUCACCAUCUGUUGGAAGAUCAAAAAAUGAUCAACGUUGAAGAGUAUGCAACAUCGUUUUGGACACAAUUCUUUGUUGUAUCCCACAGAUCUCUUCUCAAUUAUAUUAGAAAUCCAUUUUUACUUCGUACCACCUACUUUGUACAUAUUACGGUCGGAUUAAUUCUUGGAUAUCUUUUCUGGCAAUUACCAAGUAACCUUGAACCAGGUGCUCAAAAUAGAUUUGGAUCAAUGUUCUUUAUGAUUGCUUUAUUAUCUUUUGGUUCAAUUACUUCUUUAGAUUUAUUCUAUCAUGAUAGAAUUAUAUUUAUUAGAGAAAGAGCUAAUGGAUAUUAUAGAACAUCGUCAUACUUUUUAGCAAAGGUCCUAACAGAUUUAAUACCAAUGAGAGUUAUUCCACCUAUUAUCCUUGGUUCAAUUUGUUAUUAUAUGAUUGGAUUUAGAUCAGGAAUCAAUCAUUUCAUCUACUUUUUAAUUUCUCUUGUGUUGACAAGUAGUACAGCAUCGUCAAUGUGUAUGGCCAUUAGCACAAUCUCCCCAACGUUUGGUACUGCCAAUAUGCUAUCCAUUCUCUUAUUGUUUGUAUUUUUAUUAUUUGAUGGUUUCUUGUUGGCUAGACAAUCGAUUCCCAAGUAUUUGGUUUGGUUGGUGUGGAUGUCCUUUAUGUCCUAUGGAUUAGAGAUUCCAGUAGUCAAUGAAUUUGCUGGCAGUUGGAUCUUUUACAAUCCACCCAAUACUCAAGGAACCUAUGCCGACGGUUUAGAGUUCCUCGAAACGAUUGGCGCCGAUCCAAAGAGACUCUUUUUGGACAUGUAUGUCUUGUGUGGUAUGAUUGGUGGCUAUUUAUUACUUGCCUAUUUAUCUCUUAGAUUCUUUGUCAGAGAGUUUAGAUAA